GCAGAAGUAGUUCUGUUUCCAUCAUGUCCGGUCCUUUAUCCUUCGCUAGAAAAGUGGUUCUGGUGACAGGAGCUGGAGGAGGCCUGGGAAGAGAAUAUGCUUUGGCCUUUGCUGAGAGAGGAGCUUCUGUUAUUGUGAAUGACCUUGGAGGAGAUAUAAAAGGAGGCGGGAAGAGCUCGGCAGCCGCUGAUAAUGUGGUAAAGGAGAUAAAAGCUAUAGGUGGCAAAGCUGUGGCAAAUUACGAUUCAGUAGAAGAUGGUGAAAAGCUGAUCCAGUCCGCUUUGGAUGCAUUUGGACGAAUAGAUAUUGUGAUUAACAAUGCUGGGAUUCUGCGUGAUCGAUCUUUUGUUAGAACCAGUGAUCUGGACUGGGAUCUCAUUCAUAGAGUUCAUCUGAGGGGGUCAUUUAUGGUCACCAGGGCAGCAUGGAAUCACAUGAAAAAUCAAAAGUUUGGGAGGAUCAUCAUGACGUCAUCAGCUGCUGGAAUUUAUGGCAAUUUUGGUCAGGCAAACUACAGCGCUGCCAAGCUGGGGCUCCUGGGCCUGGCUAACACUUUGGCCAUCGAAGGCAAAAAGUACAACGUCCAUUGCAACACCAUAGCUCCCACAGCAGGUUCACGUCUUACUGAGACCGUCAUGCCACCAGAUCUUGUGGAGUCCUUGAAAGCAGAGUUUGUUGCUCCUCUCGUUCUCUGGCUGUGCCAUGAAGAGUGCCAAGAGAACGGGGGACUUUUUGAGGUUGGCGCUGGCUGGAUUAGCAAAUUGCGAUGGGAGAGAACCCUGGGCAGUAUUGUCCGCAAUAAGAACCAGAUGAUGACCCCAGAACAGGUACGGGACAAGUGGGACCAGAUCUGUGACUUCACCAAUGCCACCAAGCCAGCAAGCAUUCAAGAGUCGAUGCAGUCGCUGGUGGAAGUGCUGUCAAAAGUUGACGCUGAGGAGGAGGGCAUCAAAGCCAAUCUAACCAGCAGCUCGAUCUCAGCAACAUCAGGCAUCAACCCUGCAGAAGCUGUGGGGAAGGAGCUUGGCGAGAUGACCUACAGCUACACCCACAUGCACAGCAUCCUGUAUGCACUAGGAGUGGGCAUGUCCACCAAGCAAGCUGACCAUCUUAAGUUCCUCUAUGAAGGCCAUGAAGAGUUCAGCUGCCUGCCCACAUUCGGCGUUAUCCCAGCGCAAUCAUCCAUGCUGGACGGAGGGCUGAGCUCUGUUUCAGGCAUCAAUUUUGACCUCACCAGGCUCCUGCAUGGAGAGCAGUACUUGGAGCUGUAUAAACCUUUUCCCACUUCAGGUACACUGACCUCGAAGGCAUCUAUAGCCGAUAUCCUCGACAAAGGGUCUGGUGCAGUCAUACUCUUGGACGUUCAUACGUACAACAACCAAGAGCUGCUGUGCUACAAUCAGUUCUCUCUGUUCAUUGUUGGUUCUGGAGGUUUUGGAGGAAAGAGAGCAUCAGAUAAAGCUGUGGCGACAGUUCCACCUCCAGACAGAGCUCCUGAUGCCGUGAUCGUUGAGGAAACCAACAGGGAUCAGGCUGCUUUGUACAGGCUGAGUGGUGAUUGGAACCCUCUUCACAUAGAUCUAAGCUUCGCAGCAAUGGGAGGAUUUAAAACCCCCAUCCUGCAUGGUCUGUGCUCUUUCGGGUUUGCUGCACGUCACGUCCUGAGCCAGUACGCUGGCAAUGAUGUUUCCAAAUUCAAGUCCAUUAAGGUGCGCUUUGUGAAGCCAGUGCUACCCGGACAGUCUCUUCAGACUGAGAUGUGGAAAGAGGGAAGCAGAAUCCACCUCCAAUGCAAAGUGAAGGAGACGGGAGCUGUCGUGUUAUCUGGAGCUUAUGUAGAUUUACACGCCGCCCCAGAUGCUUCGGCCAGCACUGCUCAUCCACAGAGUGGAGGACUGCAGAGCGACCUGGUGUUUGCCGAGAUAGGACGUCGGAUCAAAGAUCUGGGGGCUGAACUUGUGAAAAAGGUUAAUGCCAUUUUUGGAUGGGAAAUUACCAAAGAGGGAAACACGGCUGCACAGUGGACCAUCGACCUGAAGACUGAAAAAGGUGCCCUUCAUAAGGGGCCACACAGUGGCAAAGCUGAUGUGACGUUCACCGUGUCGGAUGAAGACUUCAUGGAUGUGGUGACGGGCAAGCUCAACCCUCAGAAGGCAUUUUUCGCUGGCAAACUUAAAGUCAGAGGCAAUAUCAUGCUGAGCCAGAAGCUGGAGACGAUACUGAAGGAUCACGCCAAGCUGUGAGUCUCCAAACCUUUCGGCAUCUUGGAGUGAACGCAGACCUUUUUUGGACAGAGGGAAUCACAUGAUCAUUUCUGAAAUCCGUGUCCAACAAUGAGAAACGUUUGGUGCACAGUGACCGGCACCAGUAAUGGUAACAGAAUCAGUAUGUUUAACUCUGCUAAUGACAAUGUGUGAAUAAUAAGGAAAGAAAUAUUAGAAUUUGUGCUAAUUAUGUAAUUAAUGUUCAAAUUUACUACAAAAUAAGCUAUUUUUUUUAAUCAUAUUUCUGCUCGUUCAGAUCUACACUGCAGCCAGACAUGAACCUGUACAGAGUGUCUUGAGGGCAUCUAUUCAAAAGUGGGUAGUGAGGGACGGCUGGGCAGCACAGCGGUCUAAUGUGCUAGGACAGUGGUCCCCAACCACCGGGCUGCACAGAAAAAAUAAAUAAUUAGAAAUCACUACAUCUGCGAUGAAAACUACUUUUUUUACGGGUGUUAUUGUCCCAAAUCACCCCUAGGUGGGAGAAGUGUCUCAUUGCAGCGAAACUCAUUUGUGAGUAGUAUUGUUAUUCUAUUUUAAAUCCCUCCGCCCCCGCCAGUCCGUGAAAUUAUAUCUUAUAUGAAACGGGUCCGUGGUGCAAAAAAGGUUGAGGAACGCUGUGCUAGGACACCACUGUAGAGAGUUCAAAUCUCAGCAGAGGGUGUCCACACAAACACAAACACACCUGGCCGUGUUUAAAGGAGGGAAGGUCAGAUGGGGAUUCUUGCCCCUGCUGCUUAGAUACACGAUCACCGGGACUGGUCCAGGCACCUUUGCAAGUUGGGGGGCGGAACUUAUGGUCGUUUUUCGUAUGGAAUACAGCUGUGUGUGGGAACCCAACACAGGCAGAUGAUGAGAAGCAUCUUCAGAUUGGACAUGUGACAGAGGGGGAGUGUGGUGAUCCGCCUCUCCUUGAUCAGAUCGAGGGUUGUACAAGUGGCAGCAAAUUUACAAUUUACUUAUGCACCACCCUAACACCUUUAUUAAACAUGUCCUGAAAUCCUCUUCUUCAGUGGUAAGCAUCACUGUGCAUCCAGCCCCGAGCCUGUGAAAGCCACAUCCGACUCAAAUGAUAAAUGUGUUCAGUUUAAAUGAAACUAUUUGAGCGUUUAGAGCUCAUGUUACGGUUCAUAGUAUAACCUUUGAAAUGUGAACGUGCUAGGAGACUCGCUGCUGGGGCAAAAUCCCUGUGAACUGAUGAAGCAGAAAUCUGAUACGGUUAACAAGGUUAAUUCUUAAGCAAAUAUGAUCAAACGGUACAUGUGUGUUAAUUAAAACUGGUCUAUGAAAAAGUUUGAGUGAUGUUAUUUACAAUGUUCGAGUGAACAUGAACCACUCACAUAUUUUCUGAUAUGUUUGAUUUUUUUGGAGGUGCAUUCUUGUGCACAAGAAGAACUGUAAAAUACCUAAACCAGUAAAUCUCAUUACCAGAUGUGCCUCGGCCUAAGACAGGCAGAUGUUAACUAGUUUUGUAGCAACUUUUUGUUCUUUUGGCUGCUCUUGUAUUUAGGGGUCACAGCAGCUCAUUCUGGACUGCAUGCCUCAUUUGGCACAGUUUUUUAAAACAGCUAGUUUAACAAUGGCUAGGCUGUUUGGCCAAGAACCGAAAAGAACAUGUCUGUGUAGACAUUAUCACCCGACCGGCCACUAACACUACUGAUGUAUGAACCCAGGAUGUAUGAAUAUAGGUUUCUGUGGUAGUGGGCUAGUGUGUUUUACCACAGGGUUUUUCAAACUUUUUAAUUUCUCUCUGUACAAUUUGGUCCCACUGUGGUUUACAAAAUGUAACAAAGCCUCCACAAGAGGGCGUUUGCCUACAAGUUUAUUUACCUAUUAAAUAUUUUUCGAUGCAACCCAUUUUGGCCUGCUAUCUUUUGUUAUACUAUACACAGGGGGCCAAAAAUGUACAAACACUUUAGUAGAUGUCUGGACUUUUUCCAAAGUUUAAUUGAACAUGUAGGAUGAUGUUCAAAUAUGACAUAUUCAUCCGUUGAUGUUACAUCGAACUUUUAUUUGACCCCCUCUGUAUGUAUAUACUUUUUUACCUUGGUAUUCAACAUCAGUUUGAGCAGGUUUUACUCAGACAGGUAUCAUGCAGUUGGAAUGUGAUUCAAUAAUAAUUAUUCAUCAAGGCACUUUUGUGUAUAUACACCGACCAGGCAUAAAAUUAUGAACAAGAUUAUCUCAUCACGGCACUUGUUAGUGGGUGGGAUAUAUUAGGCAGCAAGUGAACAUUUUAUCCUCAAAGUUGAUGUGUUAGAAGUAGGAAAAAUGGACAAGCGAGUUUGACAAGGGCCAAAUCGUGAUGGCUAGACGACUGGGUCAGAGCAUCUCCAAAACUGCAGCUCUUGUGGGGUGUUCCCGUUCUGCAGUGGUCAGUAUCUAUCAAAAGUAGUCCAAGGAAGGAACUGGUAAACCGGCGACAGGGUCAAUGAUGCACGUGGGGAGCGAAAGCUGGCCUGUGUGGUCUGAUCCAACAGUUAAAGCUGGUUCUGAUAGAAAGGUGUCAGAAUACACAGUGAAUCACAGUUGCAGGGCUGUUUUGGCAGCAAAAGGGGGACCAACACAAUAUUAGGAAGGUGGUCAUAAUGUUAAGCCUUAUCGGUGUAUAAACAGACACACACACACACACACAUCUAAACAUUAAUGAUUAAUAAUAACUAGUAAGGAAAAUGUGAUGAUUGUAACUUUCAAUUACUGCAUAUGUUUAACAUGUGAUGUUCAUUUCUAAUAAAUCUCACUUGCGUAAUACCUCAAAGAAAA